AAUUUGAUCUUUUUGUGUUUAAAGUUGAUCUUUUUGUGUAAAAAUUUGAUCUUUUUGUGUAAAAGAUCACCAGCAGCUUCUGAGUUUACAUAAAUGAAGCCAUAGUUGGAUUCAUAAGCCUGCAUUUCUUGCGAUUUUGUGUCUGUACAUGAACGUGGAAAUGAAAUGUCACCGUGGUGCGUGAAAGCUGAAAAGAAAUGUUAGGCUUCUUUAUGAAUUAAUUUGGUGAGGAUUGUGAAAUUGUAAAACACAGAGUAGAGUUUGCUGUACAAUUAUUUAUAAUGUCUAUUUUAACAAGGUUACGCUGCAUCACACUUGAUGUCACCGGUACACUCAUUGCUUACAAAGGAGAGCUGGGUGACUAUUAUUGCAUGGCAGCCAAAGCUGCCGGGCAGCAAUGUCCUGACUAUAAGCGGGUUCAUGAGGGUUUUAAACUAGCAUAUACAGAAAUGGCAAAGAAGCAUCCAUGUUUUGGAUUUGCUGAAAAGAUUCCUAACAUUGUGUGGUGGAAGACUUGUGUCAGGGAUUCUUUUGUUCAGGCAGGUUAUGAAUAUGAUGAGGAAACAUUUGAGAGGAUAUUUAGACGCAUAUAUUCUACUUUUGGUUCUUCUGCACCUUAUAGCAUUUUUCCUGAUGCAAUACCGUUCCUCAGAUGGCUCCGUGAGAGUGGCGUUACGGUUGGGUUGGUCAGCAAUGCUGAGUAUCGGUAUCAGGAUGUAAUUCUCCCUGCAUUAGGAUUGAAUCAGGGAUCUGAGUGGGACUUCGGUGUAUUCUCCGGUCUUGAAGGUGUUGAAAAACCGGAUCCAAGGAUAUAUGAGAUCGCCUUGAAGAAAGCAGGAAAUGUAGCACCGGGAGAAGUGCUUCACAUUGGAGAUAGCAUGAGGAAAGACUACUUACCUGCGAGAAGUGUUGGGAUGCAUGCUUUAUUGUUGGACAGGUUCAAGACUGCCGAUGCUGUUGAUUGGAGGAAAUCUGGGGCAACUGUGCUGCCCGACUUGAGUGCUACCAAGGACUGGCUUACCUCUGAAAAAUUGAAAUGCGGUGACAUGUGAAAGUCUGUUUGAUUAUUUUCUUGCCUUUAAUGGUAGUUAGAUUUGUAGAGUAUUACAAUAAUGGGAAAAUGAGGUUAUGAGUUCUAUGAGUGUGAUGAGGAAGGAUUUGGUUCAAUAUGCCACACGGUCUGUUAUAUCAUCUGUCUUUUCUUC